GCGUUCAGUCAUUUAAACUGCGCUCGGGCUGUGGGCUCUGAGGAGAGCAGACAGGCGGAUUAUAAACUGCGGCACCGGAGCGAGGUUUAUUGGGUUUUAUAUAUAUUUUUAAUCAGGAGCUGCUGUUCUCGGACUCGUGUGAAGCUGUUGUGGAAUAUUGGGCUCACUCUUCAGUCAUCAUGGCUCACUUCAGUUUUGAGACUGACUUGCAGAGCGUGUUGAAGCUGGACAUGCCCAUCACCAAUGCCCCGAUGGCCAGGUGGCAGAGGAAAGCCAGCACGUCCACCUCAGCCAACACGAGUGCCCUGUCACCAAGCAACAAAAGCCUCACUCAGUCUCUGAGCAUAUCCAAAACGCCAAGCAAAACGCCAGGGAAGAACGGUAAGAGUCAAAACACACCAUCAAAGGCUGGAGGAGACCGAUUCAUCCCAGUCAGAAACACCAAACAGAUGGACGUGGCGAGUUUCCUCAUCUCGAAAGAAAACGAGCCCGUUGAAGAAGCUGCGUCGUCAUCCACACAAGCGAAUCAGAAGGCAUGGUCUGUGACUCUGAAUGGAUACGAUCUUGAGGAAGCCAAAAUCCUUCAUCUCGGAGGAAAGCCUCUCAAUGCCCCUGAAGGUUACCAGAAUAACUUGAAGGUUCUGUACAGCCAAGUUGCCACGCCCAGCUCCUUGAAAAAGACCCGCUACAUACCUUCAGUUCCAGAGAGGAUUCUCGACGCACCUGAGCUCAGGAACGACUUCUAUCUGAAUCUGAUGGACUGGGGCAGACUGAACGUUCUGGCUGUGGCUCUUUCGGAGUACGUGUACCUGUGGGAUGCUGCACUGGGGCAGAUUGUGCUACUGAAGAAGAUGGAGGAGGAGAACGGCUAUGUCUCGUCCGUCUCCUGGAGCAAAGACGGAAACUUUUUAGCCAUCGGGACGAGCGACUGCAAAGUGGAGCUGUGGGAUGUUCAGAGUCAGAAGCGUCUGCGCAGUAUGGAGGGGCAUCGUGCCAGAGUCAGUUGCAUGAACUGGAAUGAUCACAUCCUGUCCAGUGGUUCCAGAUCUGGUUUGAUCCACCAGCAUGAUGUCCGUGUCGCCGAUCAUCACCUGUGCACGCUCCGAGGUCACACGCAGGAGGUGUGCGGUCUCACCUGGUCUCCCGAUGGCCGCUAUUUAGCCAGUGGUGGAAAUGACAACCUGGUGAACAUCUGGCCAGGUGUGCAGGGUGGAACCCAGACAGCUGUGCACUCGUUCAGUGAACACCAAGGAGCUGUGAAGGCAUUGGCGUGGUGUCCAUGGCAAUCCAGCAUCCUGGCAUCAGGAGGAGGAACCAGUGACCGCCACAUUCGCAUCUGGAAUGUCAACAGUGGCUCGUGUGUCACUUCCUGGGACACUCAGUCACAGGUCUCAUCUCUUGUAUUUGCACCAAACUACAAGGAACUUGUUUCUGGUCAUGGUUUCGCACAUGACAAGAUCUUCAUCUGGAAAUAUCCCUCACUCGCCAAAGUGGCGGAACUUGAAGGCCAUGAAGGCCGCAUCCUGAACAUGGCCCUCAGCCCUGACUGCUCCAUCCUGGCAUCCAUCAGUUCGGAUGAAACCAUCCGCCUGUGGAAGUGUUUUGAGAAAGAUGCCACCAAAAAAGCCAAACCUGUGAGCAGCAGCAUCAUCCAGCAGCACAUCCGAUAAAUGUUUGUUUUUAAUUAAAUUGACAAACCACUACUGUAUGAGUUAUUGUAAACUUCAAAUAAAGGUUGUUGGUUUUUUCUUUUUCUGAAAUGUAAAUCUGGAUUUAGCAGGGGAUGGGUUUUAUUUUAGCUUAAUUUAUUUCACUUUUUUUUUGGUACUUUCAAUGUCAUUACUGCCCAAAUGUGCUAUAGAAUGGAAGGAUUUAAGAGGGGUGAAUAUUUUAGGGUAAUGUCAUGCUAAACUGAGUGCUAUUAAAGAUGGUGUUUCACCUUUUUAUGGAA